AUGCCGCUUCUAGACCCGCGCGAGGUUCUGCGGCGGCGUGGCGUACCCAUUCCCGCUGCUGCCUCCUUCCACGUCCCAGGCCUUCCCGAUCUACAUGCCGAGUCUUCCUCGUCGACUUCUCUGGCACAUCCUCUCCAGAUGUCAGCAGGCUACCUGCCAGCUCGACCAAUAGCAGCUGACGGACAGCCUAGCGACAAUGCCCAUCUCUUCUUUCUACUCCUUCGAGCACGUCAUGUUCCAGCCAAGCGCAAACUCAUCAUCUGGUUCAACGGAGGUCCCGGCUGCUCCUCCUUCGACGGUGCCAUGAUGGAAGUAGGCGCCUGGAGGAUGGACGGCAAAGGCGGCCUGGUCUGGGUCCAGGACGGCGCAAGCUGGAACGAGUACGCCGACAUCCUCUUCCUCGAUCAGCCAGUAGGCACCGGCUUCAGCUACGUCAACACAAACUCCUACACCAAAUCUCUGCCUCAAGCAGCCGACGAAGUCGUCCACUUCCUCGAGCAGUUUAUCCAAGUAUACCCCGAGUACUCACGCGAUGUCGAGCUCAAGUAUGGAACUCAGGGCAGCGGCGUCGAUGUCUUCUUGGCUGGAGAAAGCUUUGCAGGCCAGUACAUUCCGUAUACCGCCAAAGCCAUUCUUAAGGCAGCCAACCCGCCGGUCUCGCUCAAAGGCAUUGCUAUCGGAAACGGCUUCAUCGAUCCAAAGAGUCAAUAUGGAUCCGAGCUUGAGACCAUGGUGCAGAAGAACAUUUGGACCACAGCAUCCGACGACUAUAAGCGCGUCGCCAAACUCGUCAAACUCUGCCACGACGAACUCGACAAGGGCAACUACCGAGAGACCGCCAAGUGCGACAUGAUCAUGCAAACCAUCGUCGCCAGCACCACCGCCAAACAGCCCGGCGCAUCCGACUACACCUGCAUCAAUAUCUAUGACGUGCGUCUCAGCGACAAGUCGCCUGCGUGCGGUAUGAAUUGGCCUACCACCCUCUCGGCCAUGUAUGACUACCUUCGACGUCAAGACGUACGUAAAGCGCUGCACGUCGACGAGCACCACAAACCCGAGGCAUGGAUCGAAUGCAACAGCAAUGUGGGCUCGGCAAUGCGAUCCGACGUCACAUCCCCGCCGUCGGUCCAGCUGCUACCUGAACUUCUCGAGAGCGGAGUCAAAGUGUUGCUGUUCGCCGGUGAAGAAGACCUCAUCUGCAACGCCAUCGGUGUGCAGCGUGCGGCCGACAAUCUCGAAUGGGGAGGAAGCAAAGGUUUCAACGACAAGCAGCCAGCCAAGGACUGGUACGUCAACGGCACUCACGCCGGCACAUGGCGCACCGCCCGCAACUUGACCUACGUCGGCAUCAAGGGUGCCAGUCACAUGGUCGGUGUCGAUAAGCCCAUCGAAAGUCACGAUAUGAUGGUUCGCUUCAUGGGCGUCGACUUUAUGAAGGUGGCCGGCCCCAACGCCCUCAUCCCGUCGCGGGUGGGCGACGAGCCAGAUCGAGUCCUCAUCGUCGGUGGCGGCGGAGGCGUCGCCGAGAUCGGCAAGGACGGAUCUCGCGUCAUCCCUGGAUCAGGCAAGACAGAGGAACAGGUGGCAGAAGAGGCCAGGUGGAGGGCCUACUACGACGCUGGCUCGUUUGCGCUCAUGGUUCUGCUGAUUGCGGUAGGCGUAGGAACAUGGUUGUUGCUGCGUGCAAGAAAGCGACGUCGAUCCGAUAGGAACAGGAUCGGCAGAGGAGGCGCACUGCGACUCGCGACGCCGACCGAAUUCGGCUCUUCCAACGAAAACGCCGGCAACGGCGACAGCGGAGACAACCACGAGCUCGAGCGUCUCGUAGGCGGCAAGCACACCGACGACGACGAUGACGAUGUCGAGGAGCAGAUCUUCAACGUCGGAGACGAAGAUCUGAGUGACAGCAAUGGCGAGACCACUCCGUCUGGUGUCGACAAAGAUCGUCGAAACGGUCCACAGCGUUAG